GUUUAUCAUUAAAAUUGAAAAUCUGCAUUGAAAGGAGCCCCAAAAAUACAAAGGUACCAGUCCCCAAACUAGUCUCUCCAAGAAGCGCGCGCAAUUAUACUCAAUGUCGUCGAUCAUUAUUAUACAACAAACUCGUCCAAUAAACCACCAACCCGAUUUCUCAUUCUGCACCUUAUAGUAACUCGUAUAAACAAAAAUUCAAAUUAUCUCGAGAAAAAUUUAUUAUGCCAAGCGCGAUCAGCUCGUUAAAACAACCGAGGGGGUCCAGCAUCGAAAUUUUCGUCUAUUCUCGUUGGCUCGGUGUAGCGCGCGCGACUAGCGAUCAGUGCAGCAAUGAAGGCAAAUGCCGACAAGGCCGCGGACAUUGUAAUUUUCGCAGCUGCGGGUAUACGGAGGGACGGAGGUGCGUGCGUACAUCGGACGGAGAGGAGACAAAGGAACAGUAUCGUUCGGCGAAGCUCGCGCCGUGUGUCAAAUUUUCGUAUUUUCGUGGGCUGAAUAAUUUGCGAUUGAAUACUCGCGAUCCCGCCAAUCAGUAGGUUGUGGCGUAAUUUCGGUGGCGUAUGUUGGCGAUUCCAAAGUUAUUUUGAAGUCGACGAGAAAAUUGAUACAAAAAUCCCAAUUACUAAUGGCCCGGAGAGCAAGGAGGAAGCGCCGGCGGAAUACGCGAAAAAAAGACCAACGUGGCGCGCUCGUAAAAUAAUAAAUACACGCAGCCUAGCAUAGCUCACGUACGAUAUGUAAUUCAUCAGGUAUGCGGGCACGCGACACCAAAAUCGAGACACGCCGUGCGUAUGAAUUCUUCCCGCGGGAAAACGCAGGAAAAAAAACGCGACUCGCCAAGGGGCCGUUAUACGCGCGAUUGGUCCUCCUCUCGUGUUCGCGGACCCCCACCAGCAGCCGGCAUAUUUUUAUAAAAGCAUUUUUAAACGGCGCCUCCGGCAAGUCCGUCCUAUACUCGCUACCGCUUCGCGACGGUGUGGACGUUUUGUUUACGGCUGUGCGGUGUUUACUUUUUGGAAUCUUUUUCUCCUCGAGAUUCCGUGGAGUCAUCAUCGUGACGAGAACAUCGAGGAGCCGGUGGUCAAUUUGAAAAUCGUUACACCGUUUUCACAUCCCAUCCGCAGUGCCGGUGUGGUUAGCUCGGAGGAGGAUAAUUUUUUCGAGCAAUCAGCUGCCCUUGUGCGGCUAGAUUGCUUGUUGAUUGUGCAGUGAUUUUCCUCGCGGCGCUGUAACGUACACAUCGCAACCGAUGGACCAGCUGAUUCUACCGGAAAUUGCACCCUUGGACAAACUUAAUUAAAAGCCGCCGAGAUAACAGCGACUGCAGUUCUAAUCCCCAGUUGGCCGAUAAGCGCCUGUCGAAAUCCAGCUCGGAAAACCGUCGCAAGCUGCACGGCUCUAGCGCAGUCCACCUCCAGCACCGCUGCACACUCUGCAGGCGUCGUUAUCGCUCGCCGCCUUUAUCGGAAUCGAUAAACACGCGAGCCCGUAUAGAGAAAGGUUGAAAUAAAAAUCGCGAUUUCUCGAACGCUCGCAGAUCUCCGCUGAUUUAUCAGCCGCGAGGCUCGCCCGAUUAGUAUGUGUACAUCCGCGCGGCGAGGCAUAGCGUCAGCCUGGAUUUGAAAUUCCAGACACGCGCGUUUUCGGCCUUUCUAUAAGGCCGCCGAAGCGCGCACAGGUGUGCGCGGUCUCGCGCGGCUAUACGGCGAGCGAGAGGAGCCAAGAGGACGUGAUUGAUGCGCCUGGACAGUUAUUAUACGACUCCUCUGUCGCUAAUUGAUUUGGAGCUUUCGCUCCGUGGAAUAUAACCGGCCGCCUGGAGAUCGCGCGCCUCGGCGCGCAGAAGUGAAACCACGAGCGAGAGAAAGCGUGAUAAGACGAACUCUGCACCCCCGACGACGACGACGACGACGAGAAGGCCGACACACGCGCUGUCUCUCCGCAGCGCGUAUAGUGUGGCACAGCGAUCGACGCCGCCGUCUUGACAGUUCGCGUCGAGCCAGCAGAGCCGACGGAGGUGUGGGCAUCAGUGGUCUAUAUAGCGAAGAGUCGGCGAGCGCGGGGGGACCGGCUCGCAAAUGACAGGCUAAAGUGGCUCAAACGAGCGCACAGUGGAGUGCUCAUGACGACCGGCUACGUCACUCGGCUGUGACCAUCUUCGCUAUUUUUUGCACGACAACGCGUACUGCGCAUCGCACCGGGAGUAGGAGGAGAGGGUUGCCGACGAUGCUGGGAUGAGCAGAGAGAGAGAGAGAGAGAGGGAGAGAGAGAGAGAGAUAGAGAGAGAGAGAUUUCGAGAUUGACAGAGCAAGAAUGUCGCGCUCGUGGAAACUGGACGAGGUCGUCGAGGAGGAUCCGUCCGACAGGGUGGACAUGUCCGACCUGAACCGAGCCCCCCGCUCUCCCCGUUCGGAAUGCCGCAAGCCGCGGCACUACUCCCUGGGCUGCAUCUACGAGCGUCAACGUCGCACCUCGCGCGACCUGUUGCCCGGUCGACUGGCCUCGCUGUACAAGUCUCGCCAGGGCAUGCGGCCCUCGAUCUGCCCGGAUAAGGUCGUGGUGACGGAGCCCCAGGACUCGGCCGAGCACGUGGAGAUCGACGCGGGUGCGCCCCCGCCGGUGGACGACUCGCUCUUCUUCGACCGGGAGUUCGAGGCGCUGAAGCACGUGAAGAUCGACGGGACGAGCCUAAAGACCGCCAUGUGGGCGGCUGUCAACGUGGUCGAGAUGAAGGACCUGUUGGAGAUGGAGAAGGGCAACAUCGAGAAGGGCCCGGACGGGAAGCUCCUGCCCAACGCGGAUCAGAGGUUCAAGAAUGUCAUGUUCCUCUGGGCCUGCUUUCGCGGCCUCGCGCACCUGCUGCCCAAGCUGGAGGAGUGCGGGGCCGACAGGGACUACGUGGAGCCCUGCACCGGGAUGAACCCCAUUCUCGUGGCCUCGCUCACCAGCAGCAUAGCCUGCCUGGAAUACCUCAUCGAGAAGGGCGCCGACGUGAACUACGCCAACACCGCGCUCUUCUACACUCCGCUGCACUUCGCGGCCUUCGGCAACUCCAGCGAAGCCGCCGAGCUGUUGAUCAAGCACGGUGCCAAGCUCAACUCCUCGAACUGCCAGGACGUGGAGCCGGUGCUGCACUGCGCCGUCAGAGCUCGAGCCGAGAAGGUGGUGAAGCUUCUGCUGGAGAAGGCCGCGAGCGUCGCCCAGAAGAACAGCACGGGCGAGACACCGCUGCACGUCGCCUGCUUCGUCCAGUCCAUUGGCUGCACGGAGCUGCUGCUCUGCAGCCCGGGCACCGAUCCGAACGCGGUCGACCAGAACCACAGGACGCCUCUGCACUACGCGGUGAUGAACACCUGCUCGGCGCCGGAACUGGUGGAGCUGCUCCUGAAGCACGGAGCCGCGGUGAACGUCAAGGACAAGCAGGAGCUGACGCCCCUGCACAUCGCCUCGCUGAACGAGCAGUCCCAGUGCGUGGACGCGCUGAUCUGGGCCGGCGCCGACGUCAGCGCCACCACGAAAACCGGCCUCACGGCCCUCAACAUCAUCCUGCGGAAGAUCCCCGAGUCGCUGCAGGUCUUCAGGCAGCGGCUGGACGCCUCGAUCAGGCUGAAGCGCCCGGUGCCCCACAACCGCGAAUUCGAGAUGCGCUUGCACUUCGACCUGCUGUUCCCGAGCAACAACCAGUGCGAGACCAGCUUCAUCAACACCUUCGUGCAGGAGCACCAGAAGGACCUGCUCUCGCAUCCCCUGGUCAUGGCGUUCCUCCAUCUCAAGUGGGAGAAGAUCCGCAAGUUCUACCUCAUGCGCAUCUUCCUCUACGCUCUCACGGUCAUCGUCAUGACGACCUACGUCCUCACGGCUCUGGCCUACAGGUGCUACAACCUCAGCGAGUCCAAGAGCUCCAAGAUCUGCAACAACAACAGAGCCUCGGGAUUCCUCUUCCGGCGACACGUCAUCGAGAUCGAGUGGUACGUCUCGCUGAUACUCACUUGCGUGACCAUACCCAGAAAGAUAUUCGGCUUCAUGGUCUACAAGUCUGCCAGGCAGUACUUCAUGAACAUAGACAACGUCCUCGACGCCAUAGUCAUCGUGAGCGUCUUCGUGACGUCCUUCAUCUACACCGGCAGGACCUACGACUGGCAGAACUACGUGGGCGCGUUCGCCAUCCUCUGCGCCUGGACAAAUCUCAUGUUGAUGGUUGGACAACUGCCGGCGUUCGGCACCUACGUCGCCAUGUUCACACACAUUCAGUUCGAAUUUGCCAAGCUGUUGUUGGCCUACUCCGGCUUGCUCAUCGGCUUCACGAUAAGCUUCUGCGUCAUCUUCGUGGGAGAGCCCUCGUUCGGCAAUCCCUUCACCGGGCUCAUCAAGGUGCUGGCGAUGAUGGCCGGGGAGUUGGACUUCGAGGGCCUGAUCAACCAGGACGACAUACUGCACGACGGAUCGUUCGUGCUGUAUCAUCCGCUGUCGGUGUGCUCGCAGAUACUCUUCACGUUGUUCAUCGUCUUCGUGACGGUGAUCCUGAUGAAUCUCCUGGUGGGCAUCGCCGUCCACGAUAUCCAAGGUCUGAGAAACCACGCGGGACUGACCAAAUUGGUCAGGCAGACGAAGUUGAUCCUCUUCACGGAGAUGGUGCUGUACAACGGUAGGAUACCCUACACCUUCAAGAAGUGGAUGUCCGAUCAUAAGAUCGAUGUGGACAACCGGAAGAGGGUGCUCGUGGUGAAGCCGCUCAAUCCGCUGGAGAAGAGACUGCCGAAGGACAUUAUGAAAGCCGCUUACGAGAUAGCCCAGAGAAAUGCUCCACUCGUGGACGAGGACGACGUCAGUUUGGACGAACACGUCACCUGGAUGAAGCAGCAGAGCGAAGAAGGCAGCGACUAUUUGCUACACUCGACCAUAGAUCAGCUUUCCACGCAGAUGAAGUCAGCAGAGGACGACAUAAAGGUGAUCAAAGAGCAGCUGCUGGACACGAACAAAAUGCUGAAGAAUCUCGUGGCUCGAAGAGUGCAACCGAGGUGAAACGUCUGAUGUUUGGAAAAAGUUUCUUCGAGAUACGUACAGGCUGAUUUGCUUAAAUGGGAUUUAUUUGUUAAGUCGCUUCGAUGAUGUGAGUGUGAUGCGGUAUGAUCUGAUUUGAUUUUAGCAAUCUGUAUUUUGUUAAUUGUUUUUAUUCUUUUAGAGAGUUUUAUAUUACUUGUACGAAACGAUUCAUAAUGUUUAUUGAUGGUCGCAUCAGCAAAACAUUUAAUGCGCUCUUUCUCCGUAUAAGAUGAAAAAUAUUCAUUUUUAUACAAUGCAUUGUAAUCCGUGUUUUAAUCAAUGGUAUGGACAUAUUGUAAGAUUUCGUAUUACAUCAUAAUUAUGAAGACAAAUUAGUUAUUGCUUGUGUGUAAAUAAUAUUUAUUGCCUUAAAUGUAAAACGAUUUAAAUAUUUAAACAUCUUGUGAUACAUCCACUACUUUCGAUCGAAUGUCUAUAUCGUCUAUAUUAAUAGUACAAAAUUGACACAUUUGAAUAAAAGAUUAUGUCGCAAUCGGCGAAAACUCGCAUAAUUGUAAAUAAUACUAUACUAGAAAUUAAAUCGAUGUAUUUAUAAGAUUUCUGGAAUAUUUAUUUUCCUCUAUAAUAAAACAAACGCAUUUUACUCUAAUAGUAUAUGUACUCAAUCUUCAUACAUCCCAUGAUAUUUCAUUUAAAUUUGUACGUGAAAAAUUUCGAUAUAAAGCACUCUCAUUAGAGAGAAUUAAAUCCUAAAGUAGAUUAGUUUUUAUUGACGUCUCGAAUGCUCAAGGCUAUGACCUUUCCUAUCCGGAAGCGAUUUCCGGAAUCUUGCGUGUCACAUACGAUAAAAGAUAAUUAUGAUGUUUUAAAAUUUUGUCAUACUAAUUUGGUUCAUUUUAAUCUUAAAAAACAAACUUUA